UUUUCUAUUUAUUUGCAUUUAUCUGGAAAUAGUUUGCUCAUAAAGUCUAGUUAUCUAAAUAAAAUAUUAAAACAUGGAAAUCUUGGGGAGAAGAAAGAAGGUAAACCGUAAAGAACAUUCACAAGUUUGUGCAAUAAAUCGAUUAGAAAGAAAAAGACCUAAAACUUCAAUUUUCCUUUGCCCUGUUUGUUCUUUAACUAUUCGUGGCAAGCAUGAGUUUGAGAGACAUUAUAAAGAGGAGAUAAAAAUGACAUCAAUAAGAGAUUUAGGUCAACUUAUUAAAACCAAAACUUUAAAAAAAAAAAAUUGUCUACCUGAUGAUGAAGAAAGUUCUUCAGAAAAAAUGCUUUUAGAAGAUAGAGAAGAAGCUCUACAAAAUAUUAAAAAGAGAAAGUAUUCCAGAUAUUCAAAUAUGUAUAUAAUGUCGCUAAGUAACCAAAAACUGAUUGAAAAAAGUCACUCAGGACAUACAGACAAAGAAACUACCGAGUAUGCUGCUCAAGAAAUAACUGAUUCAGUAGAAGAAGAUAACUAUAUAUCUUGUGUUGUAUGCAAUGAGUUUUUAAAUCCAACAAAUGGCUGUACUUUAAACCAUUUGUCAAAAUGUCUAUCACGAAAAAAGAAUGAGUUUAAUAUAUAUAUAAGUAGUGAUGAUGAACAAGAUGAAGUAGUUGAAGAGUUUUCUUGGGCUGGACAAACAUGGAUUCGAACAAGUUCUUUAGUUGAUAGUGAAUUUUUACGACGAGAAGGAAAACUCAUGAGACUGGAAAUGGAAGAUGGUGAUGAAGAAUUAGACGUUGAUGGGGAUACUUUAGAAGAAAAUUUUGGUACUUCACAGUUUUCUGAUGCAGAUAUAGUUUUAUGUAGUUCUUCAUCAUUAUCUGAUAAAAACCAGAAGUUGCUAUCUUCUAAAGAAGAAUUCCCUACCAGUGAUAAACCCGUUACAACUGCUGAAGAAUUUUUAACCCUCGAGCAACUGGAAAAAAGCGCGGGUGCCAACUCAGAAAAACUUAUAGAACUAUUAAAAUUCGAAAUACGGAAACUAGGCACCCAUUUAGACAAUGCUUUGAAAUGUUCAAUAUGUGUUGGUCCAUAUAUAAAUCCUUUGGUAUCAACAAGUUGCUGGCAUGUAUGCUGUACCGAUUGUUGGUUGCGUUCUCUUGGAACGAAGAAAAUGUGCCCCAUAUGUGGGAGCAUUGUAUCCUCUGCACACCUUAGAAAAAUCUUUUUAUAAUUAAAA